UACGUUUAUUUAAACGUCAAAACCUGCUGCUAUUUCUAACCCUGGUUUCUAUAGAUUUUUUCGUUUCUAAAGAUAUUUGUUAACUAAAUUCGUUUAAAAAAUGAGUAAUCAAAAAGAUGAUAUGGCCAUGGAAGUAGAGCCAACGCCGGAAACGUCAAAAAACGUAAGAAUGGAUGUUUCGGAGCCGGAAAAAAAUGUUAUGGCCCCCGGUACGACGGGGUCCGUAACUUGUUCUCUUCACCCUUUGGUAAUUAUGAACGUUUCUGAGCAUUGGACCCGCGAAAGAGCACAAAACGCCUCCGUACAAAGAGUUAUUGGUGCCCUUAUUGGAAAGCAGAAAGGAAGAAAUAUCGAAAUUAUGAAUUCGUUUGAAUUGGUUUUUAGUGUUAUUGGUGAGGAUGUUAUCAUAGACAGGGAUUAUUAUAAUAUGAAGGAGGAACAAUUUAAACAAGUUUUUAGUGAAAUGGAUUUUAUAGGAUGGUAUACAACUGGAGAUUCUGUUAGUGCAACCGAUAUUAAAAUUCAUAAACAGAUAUGUGAAAUUAACGAAUCACCUGUUUUACUUAAAUUAAACCCCUUCGAUAAAAAUAUUGAUCAUUUACCUGUUAGUUUAUACGAGUCAGUUAUAGAUUUGAUAAAUGGUGAGGCAACUAUGUUAUUUGUUUCACUUACUUACACAUUAGCAACAGAAGAAGCUGAAAGAAUUGGUGUCGAUCACGUUGCUAGAAUGUCAUCAACAGAUGCUGGAGAAAGCUCUUUAGUCGCCGAACACUUAACAGCACAACAUAGCGCUAUAAAAAUGUUGUAUUCUAGAGUACGUUUGGUUUUGGAAUAUAUGAAAGCGGUUCAAAAGAAAGAAUUUCCACCCAAUCAUGAUAUUUUAAGGGAAGCUUAUUCUUUAUGUCAUCGUUUACCUGUUGUUCAAAGUCCAAGAUUUAGACAAGAUUUUUAUAAUCAAUGUAAUGAUGUUGGUUUAAUGACAUAUUUGGGAACAUUAACAAAAGGAUGUAAUGAUUUGAAUCAAUUUGUGAAUAAAUUUAAUAUACUUUAUGAUCGACAAGGUAUGGGAAGAAGAAUGAGAGGAAUCUUCUUUUAACUCAUAAGAAAUUUUUGUAAUUAAAUGCUUUCAAUGAAGAUUUUUAGCUUUA